AUAAAAUGUCCUCACAAAUGUAGCUAAACGUGUCAGAAGCUUUGUGUGUGUGUGUGUGUGUGUGUGUGUGUGUGAAAGAGUACAACCACAAAGCUCUCGCUGCCCACAUUAUUUUCCCUUUGACUUUAUAUAAAAGAGACACUUUUCCUCAGUGUCUCUCAUUCUCUCUUCUUUCUCUCUCUGUUUCUCUGCGUUCCAUUCAUAGUUCAGUGAGGAAGAAUGAGGAGUGAAUCUGUGCCAUUCAUUUCUGUCCUGCAGUUGCUGCCGUCAUUCAGGCAGAAAAGUGUGUGUGUAUGUGAGAAAAGGGGGUGAGGAAGGGAGCACAGGCGUCAUGCUCCAUAAAGCCGCUGUGAUAGUUUGAGCGUACUAUUGCUUCCGACACACACUUCCAGCCGGACAGACAUUCACAUACUCCAGUACCGCCGUAUCCCACUUGCUGCUGUGGAUUUGGUAUUGAGAGAGAGGACAGCAUGCUAGCUGCCGAGGCCUCCAGGGAAACCGUGAGGACUAAUGGGGAUUGUUUCACUCUACAUUGUCCUUCACUUCUGGCUCGGCACUGUCGGAGGGACGUGUUCUCAAUUUAACGCUCUCUCCUGUGACGAGUGUCUGCAGCUGGGGCCAGAGUGCGCCUGGUGCACACUACAGAAUUUCACCGACUUCUUCUCUAUCGACGAGAGAUGCGACACACCCGAGGCUCUUCUUCAGAAGGGAUGCUCCGGCGAAUUCGUGGAGUUCCCCAUAACGAACGUCAAAAUAUUGAAGGAUCAAGGCUUAGGAAAGAGCACCGGCCACACUAACGUUUCGUACAUCGCACCACAGAAGAUGCGCCUCCAGCUUAGACCAGGAAGUCAGCUGACCUUUCAGAUUCAAGUGCAGCAACCGGAGGACCAUCCGGUGGACAUUUAUUACCUGAUGGACCUGUCAGCGUCUAUGUAUGAUGAUCUAAAUAUGAUCAAAGACUUAGGCUCGACGCUCUCAAAAGAGAUGUCUAAGCUUACCAGCAAAUUCAGACUAGGAUUCGGUUCCUUUGUGGAGAAACCAGUUCUGCCUUUUAUCAAGAUAACACGCGAAGAGUUGGCCAAUCCCUGCAGGAGUGUUGAUUUUGAAUGUCUCCCCACAUUUGGAUACCGACACCUUCUGCCGUUAACAAGCAGUACUGACAAGUUCAAUGAGAUCAUUUCAAAGCAGCAGGUAUCGGCGAACAUCGACUUGCCAGAGUGCGGUUUUGACGCCAUCAUGCAGGCAGCGGUGUGCGGGGACAGGAUUGGCUGGCGGAACGAUUCCAUGAAGCUGUUGGUGUUCGUGAGCGAUGCAGAUUCUCAUUUUGGGAUGGAUAGUAAAAUGUCCGGCAUCGUUGUCCCCAAUGAUGGAGAGUGUCACUUGGAUGACAAUAAUGAGUAUUCCAUGACUGCCCAUCUGGAGUACCCAACAUUGGGGCAGCUUGUGGACAAACUGGUUGAAAACAAUAUCCUCCUUAUAUUCGCUGUGACUGACAAUCAGAGGCAGAACUAUGAGAAUUAUGCGAGUCUGAUUCCUGGUGCUACUGUGGGGGUGUUGGCAUCCGAUUCAAGGAACAUUCUGGAGCUCAUCAUGACCUCAUAUAAGGAACUGAGGUCAGAGAUCGAUCUGGAGGUGCUGGGCAACACUGAGGAUCUGCAGCUUUCCUUCACAGCACUCUGUCAGGACGGGACCAUCAUCACCGGACAUAAAAACUGCUCCAAUGUCAAAGCUGGUGAUGUGGUAUCUUUUAAUGUUACAAUCGAGUUAAAAGGCUGUCUUGCCGGUCCACGGCAGUUUUCCUUGCGACCGGUGGGUUUCCAAGAUGCCCUGGAGAUCGAACUGGAGUCUCAGUGUGUGUGUGACUGUCAUCAAACCCCCGAAGCGAACAGCACCUACUGCAGCCGAGGGCGUGGGGCGCUGGAGUGUGGCGCCUGCGUGUGCGAUCCAGGCUUCGUGGGGCCGAAGUGUGAGUGCACAGAGGGCCAAGAACAAAUCAGUGACUGCAGGGCACAUGAAGGUGCGGAGAUGUGCAGCGGCUUGGGCGAGUGUUUCUGUGGACAGUGUGUGUGCCACCCGUCCAGUUUCGGACAUGUGUAUGGGCCGUACUGCGAGUGCGACGACUUUUCCUGCCUCAGGUUCAGAGGAGAGCUUUGCGGAGGUCACGGGGAAUGUGCCUGUGGCGAGUGUGUGUGUCACAGCGGUUGGAUGGGAGAGUUCUGUAACUGCAGCACCAGCAACAGCUCAUGCAUGUCUCCGGAUGGUUCCAUCUGCAGCGGACGGGGCAAGUGUGUGUGUGGGAAGUGCGAGUGCACCGUUCCCGGAGCCUCAGGAGAGUGGUGCCAAAGGUGCCCAACCUGUGGAGAUAUCUGUAGCUUGCCCAGGUCUUGUGUGGAGUGUCACCUCAAAGCUAAGGACCCGCUGGACGAGUGUGCCUUGAAGUGCAACUCCCUACAUGCCACUGUCAGCAAUUCCACAGAUUUUGAGGAGAGUCGGGCAGCAUUGUGCACCGUACAGAAUGAGGACUACUGUCUACUGUCAUUCAGCUUGGUGGACAGUGAUCACGGCAGCAUCAUUUACAACCCCAAGCUUUAUGACUGCCCUGAGCCGCCAAAUGCACUGUUGAUCGCUCUGGGCGUGUGCAUGUCUGUCCUUGUUAUUGGCAUUACUCUCCUUGUGAUCUGGAAGUUUCUUGUUUCUGUCCAUGACCGGAAAGAGGUUGCCAAGUUUGAGGCAGAGAAGGCGAAAGCAAAAUGGCAGUCGGGCACAAAUCCUCUUUUCAGGAGCUCGACAUCAACAUUUAAAAAUGUGACCUACAAAAGCGCAGGGCAGCAGAAGAGUGCUAUUUCUUAGGGCUACUGACCAACUUUGUGUGUUAAAACACAAGAUGCAGGCUUCUAUUUACCAGGAGUGAUUGCUUUUUUUUUUUUUUUUAUGUUUUAUUUUCUUGUACUGAACAAGAAAGAGUGAGUGUGUGUGUGUGUACAGGUUUAUAUAUCCUAGUGGGGACUUAAACCUGGAUACACACAGACUCAUGGGGACUUGUGUCACAGUGGGGACCUAAAUUGAGGUCCCCAUGGGUACAAAAGCUUAUAAAUCGUACAGAAUGAGUUUUUUUGAGAAAGUAAAAAUGCAGAACGUUUCCUGUGACGGGUAGGUUUAGGUGUCGGGUUGGUGUAGGGCAAUAGAAAAUACGGUUUGUACAGUAUAAAAACCAUUACGCCUAUGGAGAGUCCCUACAAGGAUAGCUAACCAGAUGUGUGUGUGUGUGUGUGUGUGUGUGUGUGUGUGUGUGUAACUGUGUGCUUGUAAUCUGGGGGCAGGACUGUCAGAUACUGGCAGGGAAUUUAUUUUAAAAACUGUAAAUAAUUUAAACAAUGUGUUGUGCUGCUAAAAGUGCUAAAGGUACUGUUAAAUCUGGGCAACACUGGAUCUUCUUGUUUUACGUUUAGCGUUUCUUGUGGUUGUUACAGCAAAAUGUAGUUAUUUGUGACAGAUGUUUGCGAUUGGUUAGUUCAGGCUGAGCCUUUUUGUAAUCAGAUAUGAUUGCUGGAUCAAAUGUUAAAAAAAAGAAAAAGAAAAAAGUCUGUCUACUUGUGUUUUGUAAUAUAUUUGAUGGUUUUCCAUAAAAAAAAAUGUCGAGUUUC